GCCGUUUUCGGGAACUGAUGCUGACAGCCGCGCGAUCGAUGCAAAGGUUACAUUUUAUCCUAGCAUGUUACUACCCUGCUGAAAAAUAUAUGUUUACAAAAUGUGCAAAAUUAGAUUGACUGCUGUGGCUAUGUAGCAGGUGGCUGCUGGUGUAUGCAAGUUUGGGUUUUCGGAUUUACACGGAUGCCCGUGUGUCUGCUUGAUCUCUAGCUUGUAAAGUGGCUUAAUGAGUGUCCAAAGUAACAGUGGAAGUGGUGGUGGAAGUUUGGAGGCGACGCCAUCUUGGUCGCAGCUAUCCUCGUCCCCAACGAUUUCUCAACAACACAUAACGGCGACCGCCAAGAAGGAAGGCCCCAUGGAGGAGCUGCACAGCCUGGACCCUCGCAGGCAGGAGCUUCUGGAGGCCAGGUUCAUGGGCGCGGUCAGCGGCAACACAGUAGGAAGCACCGGCAGCACCAGUGGGGGGGCCAAGGGUCUGGCCAACGAGUGCUCCAACAACAGCUAUGGCAGUUUGGGCUCCUCCAGUGACAAGGAGUCAGAGAACUCUGAUAUGAAGAGAGGGAGUUCUCCUGCAUACUCUACCCCUGAGAAGAAGCCCUCUGAGUCGUCCAGAGGAAGGAAAAGGAAAGCUGACACCCAUUCUGAGAGCAGCCAAGGGAAGACUUCCACACGGGGGCCCAAGAUCAGUGACUACUUUGAUUUCCAUGGGGGGAAUGGCUCCAGUCCAGUGAGGGCUCUACCACAGGUCCUCCGCUCACCACAGAACUCACACCACGGAGCUCACUCUGCACCAGGCUCUAUCAUCCGACAGAACAGUUCCUCUCCCACCGGUCUGUGUUUUGGCGAUCCCCUGAUGAACUACAAAGCUUGCGCCAGCAAGUGUGUGCAGACGGAGUUGACAGGUCUGAAGCUUGCUGCUCUGGAGAGCAACAAGAGUCUGGACCUGGAGAAGAAAGAAGGCCGCAUCGAUGACCUGCUCAGGGCUAACUGUGACCUGAGGCGACAGAUAGAUGAACAGCAGAAACUACUGGAGAAAUACAAGGAGAGACUGAACAAAUGCAUCACCAUGAGCAAGAAACUGCUCAUCGAGAAGAGCACCCAGGAGAAACAGUCGUGCAGAGAGAAGAGCAUGCAGGACCGUCUGAGACUGGGUCACUUCACCACCGUAAGACAUGGAGCCUCCUACACUGAACAGUGGACCGACGGAUACGCAUUCCAGAACCUUGUCAAGCAGCAGGAGGGUAUCAAUCAGCAGAGAGAGGAGAUAGAGCGUCAGAGGAAGCUGCUGGCCAAGAGGAAGCCCCCCAAUCCCUCAUCCCCCUCCCUCUCCCUAGCAACCACCUCUGAACCCAAACAACGCAAGACCAAGGUCGUCAACGGCAAUGACCCCGACCCCUUCCUCAAACCCUCCCUGCCCCAGAUGUUGACUCUGGCUGAGUAUCACGAGCAGGAGGAGAUCUUCAAGCUUCGCCUGGGACACCUGAAGAAGGAGGAGGCUGAGAUCCAGGCAGAGCUGGAGCGGUUAGAGCGGGUGAGGAACCUCCACAUCAGAGAGCUGAAGAGGAUCAACAACGAGGACAGCUCGUCGUUUAAAGACCACCCCACUCUGAACGAGAGGUACCUGCUGCUGCAUCUGCUGGGCAGAGGAGGCUUCAGUGAGGUCUAUAAGGCCUUUGACCUGUUUGAGCAGCGCUAUGCAGCUGUUAAAAUCCACCAGCUCAACAAGAACUGGAGAGAGGAAAAGAAGGAGAACUAUCACAAACAUGCCUGUAGAGAGUAUCGGAUACACAAACAGCUGGACCAUCCCAGAAUAGUCAAACUCUACGACUACUUCUCCCUGGAUACAGACACGUUCUGUACAGUUUUAGAGUUCUGUGAGGGGAACGACCUGGACUUCUAUCUGAAACAGAACAAGCUGAUGUCCGAGAAGGAGGCGCGGUCCAUCGUCAUGCAGAUAGUCAACGCCCUGCGAUACCUCAACGAGAUCAAACCCCCCAUCAUACACUACGACCUCAAACCAGGUAACAUCUUGCUGGUGGAUGGGACCGCGUGUGGAGAGAUAAAGAUCACAGACUUUGGGCUGUCUAAGAUCAUGGACGAUGACAACUAUGGAGUGGACGGCAUGGACCUCACCUCACAGGGAGCUGGCACAUACUGGUACCUUCCCCCAGAGUGUUUUGUGGUGGGCAAGGAGCCUCCUAAGAUCUCUAACAAGGUGGACGUCUGGUCGGUCGGGGUCAUCUUCUUCCAGUGCCUCUAUGGACGGAAGCCGUUUGGCCACAACCAGUCUCAGCAGGAUAUUCUUCAGGAGAACACCAUCCUCAAAGCCACUGAGGUUCAGUUCCCUGCCAAGCCCCAGGCCAGCACAGAGGCCAAGGCGUUUAUCCGACGCUGUCUGGCCUACCGUAAGGAGGAUCGAUUUGACGUUCACCAGCUGGGCACUGACACGUACCUUCUCCCUCACAUGAGACGCUCCAACUCCUCUGGCUCUCUUCAGCCCGCCUCCUCAAUCUCCUCCUACUGACGGGCUGAUGAACAUGACUGACAGGCCCGCUGGCCAAUCCUGGAGCAGAAUUGAUCCGAAUAUGGGGAGUGGCGUUGGGUAUUCUAAAUCGCCCGGCCACUGUAAAAGGAUCAGGAACGUGAAUUUGUUUGGCUGAAUAGAAUGAAAUGGAUUGCACGUUGUGAGACGGGGAAAGAUGGAAAGAAAGAGGGAGGGGGGGGCGGAAGUGGAUACACUUUCCACGUUGCCAAGUAGCUUUGAAGAAACGUUACUGUGUUGUGAUCUUGAACGUGAACCUAGUUUUGAGAGAGAGGUGAGAAAGUUCUACCCAUUGUGCUUGCCAUUGGACAGGCUGUGCCUGUUGCCGUGAGGACCUAAUAGAGUGGGGCUAGGCCACAUCCCUUGCUUGUGCUGGACUGGGCUUUUAUUGGUAGAGAGGGAAACCAUAAACAAACAAAAAAAGCAACAGAUGUUAAUUGGAAUCCCCUCCAGCAACAUUUUAAACAGCCUCUCUGCAAGGGACAGAAUCCCAUUCCCAAAUAGACCCCUAGCCUCUACUAUAGAAGGUAGAGGUACAUUUGGGAUGUGGGGCUUAAGUCUCCAAAGCAGAUCAGUUGGUUUCACUGACCCACGUUAAACCCUACCAUUGGACUAAAUUGCACUCGAGAUGAUUUGGUUUCAUGGACAUAGCUUCUUGAAAUAGUCCUGGACUUAACUAAGCUUCAGUCUCCGACUGUUGGCCAGAAGUAUGCCAUCUAUGUUCAUGAAGUCACGUUUUUAGAUCUUAAAUCAAUAAUGAAACCUACUCCUGGAUGAAUAUAAUCUGGCUGUGUGAAAGAGGUUGGUUUUGGCGUGUUCCGGUCCUCCAUGGAUCCAUCCCUCAAGGCGCUGAGUGUUAGGCUUGUUCAGGCAUUGAAGUCUGUUUUGUCAGAACAAAACGUCACCAUAUGAGGAUCAACUGUAUCGUUAAGAUUGAUGUUUCCAUACAGGAAUCAUCUGGGGAAAUUCAAUGUACAUUUCAUGUGUAGGAGUGACAUAUCUGCAAUCUGUCUGUACAGAGGGUCAACACACAGGAUUUACUGAACUUUCACCAGUGCCCGUUUGCACCUGUUGUUUUCACAAAGAAAUAAAACGACAAAUGCCUAGAAACAUGAAAUUAUCUAACCAAUUUUUUUUGUAAUUUUAUCGUUCUCUUAUUCUUUGUUUUACCUUCUGUUCACCCUUAAUGUUUUAUAUUAUCUGUGGGAAAUAACAGGUGCAAACUUUGAGCACAUGCAAUGGUCUAGUAAGUCCGACCGUUGGUUUCCUCGCGUCUCCUUGUUUGUGCUCCGAAAGGCAUUUUUUUGCUGCUAUAUAGAUGUCGCUUGUAGUUAGUUAAAAUCUGUAUGAUCUGCCUCAGGUACAGAUAGUGCAGACCUGUGUGAAGAGGAACACUCUAGGGCCCCUGAAGUGUAUAGCCUACUCUUCAGGGGCCCUAUGAAGUGCUUCUGUAUGCCAGGUGAACCAAUAACUUUUAACUGUUUUACGACCGCAAUGUUUAUAGUCUGGAAACCAUGUGUCAUAUAUAAAGUUGUAUGAAACUGUUCAUGUGUGAAGGAAAAGCCCAGGUUGAUCAGGCUCUGUUCUGUUCAGUAACACUUUGCUUGAACCUCAGUCAUAAGGCCUGCGUAACACAGUCAUAACACUGACAUAUGAGGUGUCAUAAUGAGUUAUUACAGCUGGUUUUAGUCUAUGGUAUGGCACAGUCAUAUUGGUCAUCUACCGAAUGUAAAGUGCUUUAAGUAAAGUGUUACCUAGUAUUCUUUAUAUUGGAAGACUGUGAGGAGCUUUCAACAGACAACACUUAUGUUACAAAAGGGGUUUAUAUUGAACAUCAUGGCAGACUAACAGAGGAGCCCCGCAGAUCAACGCCAUGUACUGUAAACUGGUUUUAUCACUGUCUUAUACACACAGCCCAGAUACAUGUCAAAAUUGAAGGGAGGCAAUGUCAGGUCCUGUCAUUCAUAUGCAAUAAAGAUUGCCUUACAAGUCCAA